AUGUUCAAUAUGAAUUCUUCAAUGUACAAUGAUGAUACAUUCUGUUUUUUAGGAGAAAAAUUGAAGGAAAAGUCUACUUGUGAUAUAAAUAAAUUAAAAGAUGUUAAAGAAAAUAUAUCUGAAAACAAUUUAUUAUCAGAAUUUGCUUUAGUAAAGAAGAAUCUUAUGAAUAGCUUUGAUAUGCCACCUGAGGAAAAGAAUCUAUAUAUUGAUAAACCAUCAAAGAAAAAAUCAGAAAGAGCAAGGAUGACUGGUGUUACUUGUUGGUCAUGUAAGAAGUAUUAUGCUAAUCUUGGACUUUCUGAAGAAGAAAUACAAGCAAGACAAAAUCAGUGCUCCCGACAUAAAGCUAAACAAAAUGAAAGGGAAGGUUCACCUGAAGGGUUUUGGGAUCAUCUAUUUCCUGAUACAUGUGCAUCUACUUUGCUAGAGUAG